UCGCUGAAGAGCAUGGGGGCUGUUGAUAUAUAUAAAUGAAGCAUGACAAACCACAUCGUGAUGAAGAUUGCUUCACUCUUUCGUUUGAACAGACCCGAUACCAAACGGAGCGCUGCGAGCUCCUGAAAUCGCGUAAUGGCUCCUGUAAGAAACGGACGCGUUCUCUUUAACGAGAUACCUUCAGGCUACCCCGAUCCAGCCAGGACAACAGUCUACGAUCAAUCCAAGAUCCUCGACCUUGAGAAGGAGCCCCUCGAGGGCGGUUUCCUCGUCAAGACCCUUGUGCUCUCCAUCGAUCCGUACAUGAGGGGCAAGAUGCGUGACGCCAGCAUCGGAAGCUAUUCGCGUCCGUAUCUCAUCGGAGAGCCAUUGACCAGCUAUGGCGUCGGUGUGGUGCUGCGCUCCGAAAAUCCAUCUAUCAAGCCCGGCGAUCACCUCUAUGGUAGUUACCCCUUCCAAGAAUACCUUGUUGCCAAGGAUGCGAAAGCCUUCAGCGUGCUGGAGAAUAAGGAGAAGCUUCCGUGGUCCGUGUACGUUGGCGUCUUGGGCAUGCCAGGUCAAACCGCGCAUCACGGAUGGAAGGAAUUUGCUCACCCCAAGAAGGGAGACGUUGUGUUCGUCACCGCUGGGGCAGGUCCCGUCGGAGCUACCGUGAUCCAGCUUGCAAAGGCUGAGGGCCUGAAAGUCAUCGCAUCCGCCGGAUCCGAGGAGAAGGUUGAUUUCGUCCGUUCGCUCGGCGCGGAUGUUGCGUUUAAUUACAAAACGACGAAAACGCUAGACGUUCUCCAGAAGAACGGUCCAAUCAACAUCUAUUGGGACAACGUGGGUGGUGAGACGCUCGAAGCGGCACUCGAAGCUGCUGCCGUUGGUGCUCGCUUCAUCGAAUGCGGUAUGAUCUCGGGUUAUAACGGCGAGCAGCCGUACACUGUGAAGAACCUAUCCUACAUCGUCGGCAAGCAGCUACGCAUCUCCGGGUUCAUCGUGACGUCCCUGCACGAGAAACACCUCGCGGACUUUCACAAGGAGAUUCCUCGCAAGGUCGCGAGCGGAGAGAUUAAGCACAAGGAGGAUGUGAGCAAGGGCCUUGAGUCGGUUGGUCAGGCCAUCCUGGACGUGAUGACGGGGAAAAACAAGGGGAAGAAGGUUAUUUUGGUGUCUGAGGAGUGAGCGCCUGCUGGUUGGCGCGUGAAGGUGCAGUGAAUGAAUGGAUGAAAUGUAUGAGUUGUAUGAGUUAGCAGCAAAUUUCCAAGAACACAGAGUCGAAUUCUCGUUAGAAGCCUGAGGAACACUGGCUGUUGGCUGCUAUUCUGGUCAUUGAAAGCAGGCUGGUACAAGCUCACAUGACAUCAAUCAUGUGUAUUCUAUUAUGUUCUAUCAUAUAGUCAGAGCCACCGGGGUCUUCCUUACAUGCAUAUAUAUACUGUACCAAUGCACUUUGAGGCAAGGCCUCCUAGUCUUGCUAUCAUCUUUGCUAGGUCAAUGUCCACAGAGUCC